AUGUCAGUGGUUCAGAUGGUGAAGAUCGUGGGUCUGGGGGCUGUGGCCCUCACUCUCAGUGUGGAGUGGUUGGYCUGGCUCUUCUGUCGCCUCUGGCCCCGGAAAAUAUCCAGAGGGCCCCUGAAAGAAGUGUUCUUUUUCCCCACAGAAGUCGCCUGCACAGAGCGUCUCUUCACUCCUGACUCACCAUUCCCCUGCCCCUGUCCCUUACCCCACAACGUCAACACCUCCUUCACCCGUCUCCUGGGCCACAUCCUGUCUGCCUCCUCCUCCUUGGACCUGUGUGUGUUCGCCUUCACCAACCUGGAUCUGAGCCCCGUGCUGGCCCUCCACACCAGGGGCAUCCCCAUCCGUAUCCUCACUGACAUGGACUACCCCAUCACCGGCUCCCAGAUAGGGGCCAUCCGCAGAGCAGGCAUCUGUGUGAGGUGUGACUCCGGUGCCGUCCACAUGCACCACAAGUUUGCCGUGGUGGACGGCCGGCGCCUAAUCACCGGCUCCCUGAACUGGACCCUGACAGCCAUCCAGAGCAACAAGGAGAACAUCCUGGUCACGGAGGAACCAGACCUAGUCCUGCCCUUCAUCACUGAGUUCCAGAGGCUCUGGGAUGUCAAUGACCCGGCUAGGAGACACAGGCCGUCCAUCGCUGAGAAAACUGCUAGUUUAGUACUAUAGAGAGACUGAGAGAAACAUGGCUGAAAUGUUUGUAUGGUGCAGUAGCUAGUGGUUACUUUUGGUUUACCAACUGGUACGGUGAUUGUGUAGAUUAUUUACAAAUAUUUUCCAUUUGUGAGAAACCUGCUAGUUUAGUACUAUGGAUAGAAAGGUGUAUGUAUGGUCCUUAUCCGGGACAGACCUGUCCAAAUACAAAUGGUGUUUAUAUAAGUGUAGUGUGGUACAUUAGGAUUGGGCAGUACUGGUCAAGUACAUGAUGUAUAAUUUGGGUAGCUUGCUAUCUAGUAGUUUUAUAUAUUAUUUUUCAAUCUCAGAGAAACCUGCUCAUCCACAUCUUAUCAGAGAAACCAGCUUUCUUCGUCAUGUAGAUAGACUGAGAGAAACRUGGUUUUUAUCUGUAGUUUCCUACUUCAGUAGAAGUAAUAUAUUUUUGACAGAUCAAUCACUUCUUUACACUGGUGUGGGGAUGAUGUAGAAAUGGGUAGUUUGAUAUUUUGUACUUGAAAGUUUUUUUGUAGUUUUACGUUGUUUACAUUGAGGUAUUUUGUUAUUGUAUGACACGAUGUUGUAUAUAUUUUAAUACAAAGUAAUUAGAA